CAACCAAUAAACUGGAAAAACUUUUGAAUGGCAGAAAUUGAUGAAUUCACUUAUUUUUAUAAUCAUUUACCGGAUUAAAAAAGAUAUAUAAAUCAGAAUCGUAAUUUUGAGACAGUAAUCUCUCAAUCAACUGGAAUCGUUUAAAUCAAAGCAUCCGAUAUAUUGAUAGAUGAAAAUUUUUCUACGGGUUUAGUGAAAAAAAUAAGCGAGUUUCAAGAUUUUCUACUGAGGCAAUGUUUACCCAAGCUGUCAUGUCAUAGCUUAUAGCAUUCGAAAAAGAAAAAAAUAUGCUCAAAUUUUUCUGCUUAUCCGAGGUUAGUCCCUAUGCAGAUAGGGGACUAGCCAAAUUUUGAAGAAACAAAAAAAAUCAACGGUAUGAUCUUUGCUCGCAAUGAUUUAUGAUAUAAUUUAUUUUUCAAAAAAUUUUAACUGUGGAAGACUUCUGUCUGAUCGUAAACGAAGUUAGUUCCGUAACCUAUGUUUUCCGCUGAAGUGUUUUUUUCGUACCCGAUUAUCUCGGUUUUCUAUCACAUAAACAACGAAUAGGAAAGUGAGAAUAAUAGGACAAGUUUGUUUUUUAAUUCACGACCUCGGCAUUCCAUUUAUCAUAGCAUAAUGAUCGGCAAAGUCAAUACUACAAAUAAGUCUUUGGCUGUGAGGACGAAAAAAGAUAAUUUGGAUUUAGCUACUAAGCAACAAGUACAAAAGCCCAGUAGUAAGAAGCUGAAACCAUCGUCUCCCAAUGAUGUUUUAGUGAUAGACAAUCGUGGAACAACCAUAGAAGUCACUGUCAAAACAAAAGGACGUAAAAGCAGCUCUGGCAUGACUAGCUGCUGUUUGAAUACCCCAAAAAUGAUGGAAGACAAACCACCAACUAAUAACAUCAUCGAGAGUCAUACAAGCAAUUGGAGCAGAACCUUGAGAGAACAGAAUCGCCCUGUUCUUAAACAAGGUUUGCAACAAUUUGCUGGACAGAUUCAAUCGACAAAACAUGCGAGACACGAAAAUCAUGAGCGCAAGGAAUUUCGAACAAUAACUGAAACUCACCAAUCCCAUAAAUUUAUACGGCAAGAUAGCAGAAUAUUUGAUGAAAUUCCUGUUAAGCAAGCAGCAAAAAAGUCUUCCGAACAAAUCAAAACUGUGUCCCAUUCGGGAGUUCCAUCAACAACAACGAUAGCCAGUAGUUUGGAGUCUGUAGAAGUGACAGAUAGAGGAGUUCAGUGUGGAGGAAUAUUCGAUUGUUCAAACGACAGACUAGGGAUCUAUAAUCCAGUGAGAGUUUUAGGUAUUUUGAUGCAGGAAAUGGAAGGAUUAGUGCGCGAUGAAAGAUCUAGCAAAAUUUUGACUGAAAUGGAGCAGGCACUUUUGAGGAUACCAAAAGACCCAGGCAAACUUCCUCCUGAUGUCCUUGAAAAAAUUGCACUAUGUACCAAGUUGGAAGCCGGCAUGUCGCAAUUAGAAAUUACCAGUAAGGAACUCGAAGCAGCAUCCGCGAAGCUACGAAAAGACAAAGAGAGUUUACAACAGCAAGUUGGAAAACAGUCCAUUUUAUUGGAGGAGAGUCAAAAACGUGAAAAAAAUGCGGAAAUGACAAUUAAAAAAUUGAGAAUGGACUUGAAUGAGAGUGUAAAAGUUGCUGCUGAGAACCGAAGAGUCAUCGCUGCUCUUAGAGAGGAAAAUAAGAGAAUAGAGGCAUCGCAAAAGUUAGCAAGGGAUUUGAGGCGAGAUUUGAAUGAGCAAAUAGAAGUGGCUGAACAAAGAUACAUGGAGGUACAAUAUCUCAAGUUGGAAAAAGACAAAAUCAAAGCUUUGUCGUCUUACAAGGAUAUUAUGCUGAACGAUCUUCGAAAGAAACUGAAAGAACUACAAAAUCAUAUAUCAGAGCAGCUGGUGACAAUACGUGAAACCAGCAAUCAGCAAAUAUCUCUGAUUCAUGGAGGUGUAGCCUGCUCUUCUCCUACGUCAACAUCUUCCAAAAAUUCUUUUGAUCCCCACUCCGUUGCUGAAUUAUCGGAAAUCUCGUUGCCCAUCGUCGAUUGUUUGUUCGAAAAAUCGACCGCACCGAUAGGUGACGCGUUCAACGCCUUGUCUGACAACUCCGAAAUGAAAAGGGCUGCGGAAAAAGUGCAACAAGAAUUUAUCAGUCUUCCUGGCGAAGAAACUUCUCAUACGAUCUCUCUGACUCACGAACAGCAUGGGCAACCGAAACUUUCGAGUUCUCCGAAUAACAUGAAGAACCAUUCGGAGAACAAGGGUGAAUGGAAGUUGGAGGAAUUUUUAAGCGCGCCGAACCUCGAGUGCAGAAACACCGGUGAAUCAUCGCACAACGAAGAAAAUGAAAAGACGUCUAACCGUUCAAAAUCGAAAACAAAAAAAUCAUUUUCGGCAACGGACAACAAACAACACAACGAUGAAAAUCGGGAUCUGUUGAAUGAAGAGGAUGACAAGAAAGCGGAAAUUGAACGUGCUUCCGGUGAUCCGGUCCGUAUUAUGAAGGAACAAUUUGAAAUGAUAUUCGAAGAUUUCCGGCGCCAGAGUAAACUUCUCGUCCAAGUACAAAGUCCGCCGCGGGAUUAUCCGCAUGCAGAAUGGAGCGACAGUUCACUGCCAACGAUAAGCGUAAUGUCUGAAUCGAACGUUGCCUAAUCGUUUAAUUCAACAUUCUUGAGAUUAACGAAUGAAAAAAAGAAAUCGCGAGGGUUGCAGGUAUUGUUAAACAGACGUAACAAAACCGUGUCCACCAAGUUCCAGUCUGAUAAGUUAAUUUAUUCUCAUUAAGCUCGUCAUUCUAUUUUUUAUAGCAUCACUCCCUGCGACAAGGGUUGCUGUGUACCUUAAAACGAUAUCAAACAAAAAUAUACAUAUAUUUUCGUACGAAACGGUAAAA